CACUGCACUAUACUGCAUCACCACAAAUACACGCAGGCAGACGGAACCAAAAGCCCUCCCUCUUUAAUUUGCACCCUCCCCAAAUCUCCCAUCUCCGACCAGACCAUUGCCACCCUCUCUCUCUCUCUCUGCUCCCAUCUCUUUCUCUCUCUCUCUCUCUCUCUCUCUCUCUCUCUCUCUCUCUCUCUCUCUCUCUCUCCAUGAGGAUCAGGAGGCGGCCACAACCGGCCCUGCAGCCGGGCUCAGAUCCGACCACGUCCACCACCGCGCCGCAGACGCCGCAGUGGAACGCUGCGAGGAGCCGGGGCUGGCUCGGGGCGGCCGGCACCGGCGGCAGCGGCGGCGAGGAUCGCGAGGCGAAGCUGCCGCGCGCGGGCGCGGAUCUCGGGCACAAAUCCGGGGUCGCCAGGCGCCUGGCAUUGCCGCAGGACGACGGCAAUGUGGCGGAGGAUCGCGGCAGGAGCGUGGGUGGCGCGCGGCAGCAUGGAGUUGGAGCUGGUGCCGGUGAUGGUGGCCACAAGAGAUUCGGUGCGGUGAGUAAUGGCCAUCGCAGCACGGACCAGAAGGACGGGGUGGCGUGCGUCGGCGGAAAGGCCGAGCCGGUGGCGGCGGCGGAGGUGGAGGAACGCGUGGCGAUGAGCAACGGCGGGUUGCAACUUGCGUUAGUGCCGGUGCCGGCGGCGACGGCGAAGGUGGAGGAACGCGCGGCGAGCAACGGAGGGUUGCAGCUUGCGUUGGUGCCGGUGCCGGCGGCGGCCGUGUCCGGCAGGAGCGGCGGCGGGGCGAAGAAGCGGCGCGGGUCGGCGGUGCUGCUGGAGGGUUCGCGGUGCAGUCGCGUGAACGGGCGCGGGUGGCGGUGCAGCCAGCCGACGCUGGUGGGGUACUCGCUCUGCGAGCACCACCUCGGCAAGGGCCGGAUGCGGAGCGCGGCGGCGGCCGCGGCGCGGGGCCGGCUCGGGCGCACCGAGCACGGGGCGGCCAGGACGACGGCCCCCGCCGCGGUGGUGGACGCGGCCUCCACGGUCACGAUCGCCGCCGCGCCGCCGCCCAGGGCCGAUGCGCCGCCGAGCCUGCCGGCGCUGCCGCCCUGCUAGGUAGGGAUCGAACCGCGGGAUUCUUUCGUUUUGGUGGCGCAUUUCGCUGGUCGGCGACGCGAAGAUUAAAUCCUCGAUGCGAUUUUUUGGUGGGACUUUGAAUGUCGGCGUUGGCGUGGAGCAGGAGCAGGUGCCGGCACAGUGAGGCCACCCGGCCGGCGUUCGUGGCCGGUCUCCGCCGUGCCGCGCGGCUAGAAUUAUUGCAAUCAUGCAAGUUUCCUGCGACUGUGUGAUCGGUGCAACUUUGGGGACCGGUUGUGAGGGCUGGGCUGUUCUUGGCCGUGGAAGUGCAAGAAAGUGACGAGUGACGAAAUGGAGAGCUGGAAGUUGCGGAUCAAAAUCAACCAAUAAUGCUACGGAUACGUACACCUUGUUUCCCUUUCUGAAAUUCACUUUGGUAGCCAUGGUACAUUGUCAGAAGCUGCAGGGUAGUAGUGCAACGUACUACACCGCUCUCUG